GCUUAAAUUUCGUCAGCUGACUGAUGAUGGGGCACGUUCACGGGUGAGUUUGUUUUGAAGCGACACUAUCAUGGAACGUUUACGCAAGGAAUAAGCAUGUUUUAAGGAGUGCGAAUUUACUUAAACAUGUGAAAUAGCUUUUAAUCAUGACUUUAGAAAGUAAAUCGAUUGCUUCCACGGAUUUCGUGUACUGGUCUUCCUUGCUGUCAGGUGCCGUGGCCGGUCUCGUCGUGGACAUCGUCCUCUUCCCCAUCGACACCGUGAAAACGCGCCUGCAAAGCGAACGAGGCUUCAUCCGGUCCGGUGGAUUUCGCGGCAUUUACAAGGGGCUCGCUCCAGCCGCCGCCGGAAGUGCACCCACGGCGGCCCUCUUCUUCUGCACGUACGAUGGGCUCAAGUCGCACCUUGGCAAGCUGGCCACGCAAUCCCAACAGCCGUACGUGCACAUGGUCUCGGCGGCCAGUGCCGAAAUCGUGGCCUGUCUGAUCCGCGUUCCGGUGGAAAUCGCCAAACAGCGACGCCAGGCGCUGUCCCUCAAGUACAACUCGUCGUCGGCGGUGGAGAUCCUGUACCAUGCGUUCAAAACGGAAGGCAUCCGGCGGGGACUGUACCGGGGCUUCGGCACAACCAUCAUGCGGGAGGUGCCGUUUUCGUUCAUUCAGUUUCCGCUGUGGGAGUAUUUUAAGCAGAACUGGUCCUCGGCCACGGGGACGGCGCUGACGCCGGUUUCGGUGGCGAUCUGUGGCGCGAUAGCCGGUGGAAUCGCCGCCGGGCUGACGACGCCGCUGGAUGUGGCCAAAACGCGGAUCAUGCUGGCGGACGACGGGAAUCGGACCGGAGUGUUCCGAGUGCUGCGGGGAAUCUACCGUGAGCGGGGGAUCAGAGGAAUCUUUGCCGGGUUCGGACCACGUGUGCUGUGGAUCACGCUGGGCGGUGCCAUUUUCUUCGGUUUCUACGACCUUACCACGAGGCUGCUCAAUUCGGACGAGUCAAAGUAACAGAGGACCCAAAACACACGUGUGAUGUGGAA